UCGGAGAGGCGUGCUGCGGACCACUGCCCAGUGUUGAGAACAUGCGGCUCGUCGUCCGGUGCCGACCCUGCGGGUUUGCAAUGAUGAUCCUGCUGCUGACUGUGCAACCGACGGAGGCCGGAUUGGGCCGGCCGGCUGACCCUACACGCCUCCUACAACAGCUGUAUGGGACCCCGUGCAACUGUCAGGGAGGACAAUCUUCGGUGACCCCAACGAGCUACACGAAAACCGUGGACUGUGGGACUCUGACUAUAUAUCUCGUCACGCGGUCCAGUGCUCGAGGCGGACUGACCCAGUUUUGGCAGUGCGUGCCCAAGCCUACUUUUAUAAAUAAGGGGGAUCCCUGUCCUCAAAACUGUCAAGUGGUAGACCAGAUGAAUGCCAUGUGUUAUACCAGCUAUUCUGAAUGUACCCUAGGAGGAAAGAGGUAUUUUACUGCAAAGCCCCAUAUGUCCUACGAGGGAACGUUCGGGGGUGACUGGUCAGUUGUCCCCUCCAGCAGAGGGAACCCUAAGUAUGCUGCUGCCUCAUGCACGGCCCCAGUGGGCAAAGAUGCCUGCUGGCCCACGCGUGCCCCCUUGCAUGUCACUGACGGGGGUCCCUCCGAUGUGGUUCGGGAAAGGGAGGUGGGACAGCAGAUUUAGCAACUGAUUUUGGCUCUCUAUCCCCAAAUUUAAUACGCAAUGCGGAGAGUGUACCAUGACGUGGAAACCGCUUGAUGCUAUGUUGGUUGAUUGCAUUUCUGAUUUUGUUUUGAUGGUUGUAUUUUUUGAUUGUUGUUUUGAUUAUUUGCUUUUACCUGGGUUAUAGCUGACUGCUGCCUGGUGCCCCAAUCCUCUGGCGGGGGCUCGGACUCGUUGGGCUCCCGCUAUCCCUCUCUAUCUUGCGCUCAUGGCUCCUGCUCUGGGAGCAGCCCUUGCACGCUCGGAGCCACAAGGGCUCAUUGCACGAGUACGGGUGCUCCCGAGUAUUCUUCCUGAGAAGGGUGUCAGGCCGGAGAGCACUGCACUGAGUUGGCCCCCGACUCAGGGUGGCGAGCCACUUGCAUAGGGCUGCCGUCGGAUUUUGCCCUGCCUGGAAGUGAGGACGGCGGGACAGGUGGAGCCUUGGCGCGACCUGAAGGGGACGUGCGGAGGCCUCCUCAGUCCCUUGUAAUACAGGCAGUGGUGACCGCCACCCCCUUCUACCAACAGGAU